CGCAGUGCUUCCUGCUGUAACUGUAGGGGUCGCUUUUGCCAUGGAGGAUAUUUAUGCUAAGUUUGUGUCUCAGAAAAUCAGCAAAACCCGCUGGCGACCGGUACCUCCGGGGAGCCUGCAGACCGCGGAUACCUUCGCUGCGGGCUCUUGGGACAAUGAGGAAAAUUAUGUUUCACUGUGGUCUAUUGGAGAUUUUGGGAACUUGGACUCUGAUGGAGGGUUUGAAGGAGACCAUCAGUUACUGUGUGAUAUCAGACACCAUGGCGAUGUAAUGGAUUUACAGUUUUUUGACCAGGAAAGAAUUGUAGCUGCUUCAUCAACAGGAUGUGUAACAGUUUUCCUUCACCAUCCAAAUAACCAGACUCUGUCGGUCAGCCAGCAGUGGACAACCGCUCACUACCACACGGGUCCGGGCAGUCCUUCCUGCAGCAGUGCACCGUGCACAGGUGUCGUGUGCAGUAACCCAGAAAUUGUCACCGUCGGAGAAGAUGGUCGGAUCAAUCUCUUCAGAGUCGAUCACAAGGAGGCGGUGAGAACCAUAGACAACGCAGAUAGCAGUACACUCCAUGCUGUAACCUUCCUUCGAACUCCUGAGAUUCUUACAGUAAAUUCAAUUGGGCAAUUAAAAAUAUGGGAUUUCAGAAAACAAGGAAAUGAGCCCUCUCAGAUAUUAUCACUGACUGGUGACCGAGUGCCCCUCCACUGUGUUGACAGACAUCCCAACCAGCAGCAUGUUGUAGCUACUGGUGGCCAGGAUGGAAUGCUGAGUAUUUGGGAUGUUAGACAAGGCACUAUGCCUGUGUCUCUGCUGAAGGCUCAUGAAGCUGAAAUGUGGGAAGUGCACUUUCACCCGUCCAACCCAGAUCAUCUAUUUACUUGUUCUGAGGAUGGAUCCCUCUGGCAUUGGGAUGCCUCCACAGACGUACCUGAAAAAUCAUCACUGUUUAACCAAGGAGGAAGAAAUAGUACUUUUUUGUCUCACAGCAUUAGUAACCAGGCUAAUGUUCACCAGUCUCUUAUAAGCUCCUGGCUCAGCACUGAUCCUGCAAAAGACCGUAUUGAAAUCACAAGCUUGCUUCCCAGCAGGACUUUGUCUGUGAACAGUUUGGAUGUUUUAGGUCCUUGUCUUGUUUGUGGAACUGAUUCAGAAGCCAUUUAUGUUACUAGACAGCUUUUCUCAUGAAAAUACUGUAAUUACAAGAUUUCAGGUAAAGCAUAUCGUUAGCGUUUCAAAGUACAACUUCUAUGCAGAUUUUUAUUAUUGGAAAAUGUGAAAUUUGCAGAGGAAGCUUCUGUAAACUAUUGGUAAUAUCGAUGCCCUGUUUUGACUUGUGUCAGUUGAUGGUGUCAUAGUUGCAGAGUCAGAGAGAUGACUGAUGGCAAGAGAAUUGGAAUCUGUGGAAGACUAUCAGAGGGAUCCUUUUGCUCAUGUAUACACUGCCUUCAAACAGGCUAUUCUGUAGAACCUGCUGUAGCUCAUGGAACCUGCUCUUCAUUUUUGAUGUUAUGGAACUUAAUAUUCUCAAACCACCAACAGGUUCCUAUUCUUUUUAUAGACACUGUGGGAGAUAAUUACCCCUCCCUGGUGGCCCUGGCCAGUGUUAAUGUUUAUCCUUUUUAUUGUAGAUAUUUUCUUCAAUCUUUCCACAUUUUAUUUCCUUAAUAAGUUUAAUAAACUUCGUAAGGAAUUGAGUAGAGCAAAGAUGACAGGUUUUUGUAGUGUUUCCAUUUUUUUUAAAGGUUUUGUUAAAGGAAAGUAUUUUGACAGAUUCCUCUGUUAGAGUAGGUUUGAACAGAACUCUGUCAGCUGCUGAGACCCAACUUCAUUUUUCUUGAAAAAGGAAAAGUACAUUUUUCCUAAGGAUUUUUGCUUUUAUUUAGUUUUACAACAUAGUUCAAAAUUGCUGAACUGGACAUUGUGCAAUAAAAUAGAAUUUGAUAUUGAUAACUGAGCUGACUCCCAAACUAAAAUGUGAUAGAUAACAUAUAUGAGACUAGUAUGAUGAUGUGGUAAGAGUGAAGAAUAUUUUGUCCUUGUCUACAAUGUUUUUUUUAUGUUAUGUUAAUCACCAUACAUUCCAUCAUUAGUUUUUGAUGUAGUGUUCCAUGAUUCAUUGUUUGCGUAUAACACCCAGUGCUCCAUGCAGAACGUGCCCUCUUUAAUACCAAUCGCCAGGGUAACCCAUCCUCCCCCCCUCCUCCCUUGUCUAGAUUGUUAAUGAUAAUCUAACAUGUAGGUGUUUUCUUUUGUUUGUUUUUGAGUGUAGUUGACAUAAUGUUACAUUAGUUUCAGGUUAAUGUGUAGUGCUUAAAAACAAUUUUGUGACAUUGUCUUUCCAAAGUUUGUUAAGUAUGUUAUUGAACAUGAAGACCUUAAUGACAAAUCACUGUUAUAUGAAUGCUCCUAAAGCAUGUAUUCAUUUACUUUAUAAUUCCAAUGAUAGUAAUUAUGGUAAAGUUUUGUUUUUCUGUCCUAAUAAAUACUUUCAAUUCUUUUAUGCCACCUUACCUCGGGGGGUUUUUUGUCAACAUUUUUAAAUGGAAUACAUAUAUGCAAUCUGCUUUUUUAUAUAAAUUUGACCCAGAAAUAUUUGAUAAAAUUAGUAACUUGAAUUAUAAAGAAUCAGAGGAGGAAAGAAAAUGUUGCCAAUGGAAUUUUUAAUCUGUUUAUAGUUUUAUUGCUGAGACUAAUUUUUAAGACUUUGUUAUUACAAAAGUAAUGUUACAGAAAAAAAGUCAAAAGAAAUUUUUAAGUACUUAUAUCAGACAAUUAAGUCUUUUCAUUCCCUUUUUUAUCCAUCAAUGUGUGUAUAAUUUAUUAAAAUGAAAUAUAUCAUGUUAUAUUUAUGAAUAUACAUUCCCAGGAGUAAUCACAUGGUUUCCAUAGUAAAAACAUAGCUAUUAAUUUUCGUUUGACUUAUUUCCCUUUAUAUGAAUCUCUUGCUGCAGCCUAAGCUUCAGUGUCCCUUUCUUUACUUCCCAGGCAUACUCCCAUUCCAUUCAGCAGACUAACAUCCUUGCUCUGAGUGGGCCCUGAGUUGAUCUGACUCCUAGAAGAGUAGCUCCUGGGGGGCACAUUUUUCAUGCACAGUGAGUGGCAAACUUGUGCCUCUGCUUUCAUCUACAUUAUAUGCUGCUGUAAAAAGUCUGAAGGAUUCAUAUAUGUUCUUAGCUCCCUUCUCAGGUUCCAGCAGCAAUACAUACAAUUUCCCUGGGUUGUUAUAGUAAAUAAUUGGUAGACGGAGGGAGCCAUAUGUGUAGGCUUAGAAUACUAACUUGGGCUGCAAAAAGUUUCAAGUUUGAAGCUUUGCUUUGCUUUAAGAGUAUUUGUAACCAUGAGUAAAAGAAGGUACAUUUGGAUAGUGUUACAUUUCUUAUCAGUUGGUGAAUUCUGCCAGAUUUAAUAAGAAACAUAAGCUUUCUGGAGUAUAAAUAAAAAACCCUGGUUUAUAAAUUUGUUCAUUAUCACUGCCUUUAUUCAUGAAACUAUCAUAUAGUUUCUUUGAGGGCUGCAGGAUCACAGAGGUAGAAGGUACCUUGGAGAGCAUCUCUAACCCAAAUUUAACCAUCACUUCCACAGCAUUCCCAACAAAUUAUCAUCCAACCUGUACUUGAAAAUAUACUGUUAUCAAGUUUCCCAUUUCCCAGUGCAGCUUCCCCUCACUUGGACAGCUCUUACUGAUACAGCAUUAUGGCAGGGUUUUAGUGUAUGAAUGGAAUCUGAAACAGUCCUGUAAAACAAAAAGUAAAAUCAUAUUUUUGUGGGUUAAUGAAAUGAUCAUGUGAACCUACUGCGAGACAGCCAGUCACUAAUCAGUUUACUGAAUUUACAUUAUGUUGGGGUGCUUUACUAUAAGGUUUUACUAAAUAAAUUAAUUUUCAUAUACUGAA